GUAGACUCGCCUGUAGUAGUGUCAUGUCAUGUCACUAUUUUCAAUUUCAAAUUUUCGAAGAUAUUUUACAUUGUCUUAGUAAUCUGUGAUUUCGAAGAUUUGGGUAGAAAACCUGUGUUUAGUGGCGUUCGAAGACUAGUAAGAUGUCUUCACCACGCCCGAAAUCACCUCGUACACCCGUUUUGCCUAAAAAAGAAGACAAGGAGGAAUCUAUUUGGGAUAAACUCGGCACCAUUGGACGUAAAAAACGCAUUAAAGAAGUUCAAGAAGUUCAAGCAGAAGGUAAAUAUGCCAUUGAUUCGCCUGGAAGUCCCAAUGCUCCAGAGAUACCACCAGAGGAAUAUAGUUUGCAUGAUAAUGAAGAAAGGGCUAUUAUUGAGCCAAGAUCACUUGAAGAUCCAAGGGUAAAGGAACUUAUUCAGGUCCUAAUAGAUUGGAUAAAUGAUGAGCUUGCCGUACAAAGAAUCAUUGUAAAGGACAUCAGCGAAGAUCUCUAUGAUGGGCAAGUCUUACAAAAAUUGUUGGAAAAAUUAACGGAGACUAAAUUAGAUGUGCCUGAGGUGACACAAUCAGAAGACAGCCAGCGGAAAAAACUUGCAGUGGUGUUGAGCGCUGUGAACAGAGUUUUAUUUGGAUCUUCUAGACCUGUGCAGAAAUGGAGUGUGGAUUCAGUUCAUUCGAAAAAUAUAGUAUCUAUCUUACAUUUAUUGGUGGCACUUGCUCGUCAUUUCCGUGCACCUAUUCGUCUACCUGAAAAUGUCAGUGUCAACGUUGUUGUUGUUAAGAAGGAUACAUCCAAUCAACUUUCACACAGGACUUAUAUAGAGGACAUCACUACAACCUAUGAUGAUCUUGGAAUGAAAUGUGAAAGAGAUGCUUUUGAUGCCCUCUUUGAUCAUGCACCUGACAAGCUGCAAGUUGUAAAAAAGUCCCUCAUUACUUUUGUGAAUAAACACUUGAGCAAAGUUAAUCUGGACGUAACUGAUUUAGAUACACAGUUUCAUGAUGGAGUGUAUCUUUGCCUUUUGAUGGGCUUACUGGAUGGAUUUUUUGUACCUUUGUAUGAUUUUCACUUAACACCACAAGACUUUGACCAAAAAGUCCACAAUGUAUCAUUUGCCUUUGAGCUGAUGCAAGAUGUAGGUCUUGCCAAACCUAAAGCACGCCCUGAAGAUAUUGUGAAUCUCGAUUUAAAAUCAACUCUGCGAGUUCUUUAUAAUCUAUUUACCAAAUACAAGGAUAUGGCCUGAGAAAUAGAUCUGUGACAAUUAAUU